AUGACAGUUAAAAACGACGAAAUGAGAUUUCCAUUAAUUUUCACGUGUACGGUGCACACAACUCGACACACAACUCCUCGUCGCACACUCUCCAUUACCUCCAACCACAUCCUGACAAGCGUCUCCACAAACAGUCAUUCAAUCGCCACACCCGCCGCGUCGCUGCGGCGUACACGUUCUGCCGAAAACUUACAGCACGUACCCUACAUUUUUCUACGCACUUCGUCCCCGCUCGGAAUUGCCUCCGCCGCCCCGCGCCGCUGCACACAUAACCCAGCUGCUGCCACCGCUAGCUUCAACGCUUCCUCAAACUUGAUACCGCUCGCCACCCCCGCCGCCAAGUAUCCCGUGAGCGUAUCCCCCGCCCCAGUCGUAUCUACAACCCUGUCCACCUUGCUCGCCGCCACGCUUCUCACUUGGCCCUCCGCGUCCACAUACUUGACCCCUUUCUCCCCCAGCGUCACCACUACAAGGCCCUGUUUUGCGCACCUUUUCUUAAACUCCUUGAGCCGCUCCUCCAUAUCCCCCUCCCCUUCCAUUCCAUUCCCACUCAAUAGCCAAAACUCAGUCUCGUUCAUAACAGCCACGUCCACUAGACGCCACGCCUCAUCUCCCCGCGAAAACGCGCUCCCUGCGGCCGGCACAGGGCUCGGAUUCAGCACUACCGUUGCCCCGACUUGCUUCGCCUCCGCAGCAACUGCCCUCGUCACCUCUCCAUCGAUCUCCAGCUGUAGCACGACCACCGCGCCACGCAUUGCUUCUCUCAACCGUUCAUCCCCACGGUACACCCCGUUGGCUCCAGCGACCACCACGAUGCUGUUGCCGCCUUUCUCGUCAACGAUUACGUAUGCUGUGCCCGUAUUCUCCUUGUCUUGUCUCUGCACCAGCUUCGUGUCCACACCCAGCGAUUCAAGCCUUGCUAAAAGUGGCUCUCCGUCUUUUCCUAUGGCACCAGCUAGCUGGCAUCCCGACAUGCCGCUCAGCGCAGUUGCUACCGCCACAUUCGCCCCUUUGCCCCCCAGGGUCGGCCCGCUUCGCGUCGCCAGUACUGUUUCUCCUGGCGCUGGAUACGUACGCGUCGACAGAGUGAUGUCUCCAUUGAUUGACGAGACAACAAGCACACGGGUAGUGCAACGCUUCUCCAUCGCGACUUGCAAAGCGAAGAAGCGACACACUUCUUUCUCUCUUCGGGGAUGCGCGCGACCAUGA